AAGAGGCUUGGAGGGCACAUAAAGGACAAAUUUUUCCCUCUCAUUUCCUCUCUGGCAGCCCGCUUGAGAAAUCAAAAUUCAAAACCCUAGUUAGGGUUUUUAUCUUCCUCAAUCUCCCGUUGUUACACAGCAAAUCGGCCACAAUGUCGAUGUCCAAGAGUUCCAAAAUGCUUCAAUUCAUCAACUACCGUAUGCGGGUCACUAUCCAAGACGGCCGUCAGUUGGUGGGUAAGUUUAUGGCUUUCGAUCGUCACAUGAAUCUCGUCCUCGGUGACUGCGAGGAGUUCCGUAAGUUGCCGCCGGCUAAAGGGAAGAAAAACCCCAGUACCAAUCAGGAGCGUGAAGAUCGUAGAACGCUUGGUCUUGUUCUUCUUCGUGGUGAAGAGGUUAUUUCUAUGACUGUUGAGGGUCCUCCUCCUCCUGAAGAGUCGCGUUCAAAGUCUGCCGCUGCUAAUGCUGUUCCUGGACCGGGUAUUGGUCGUGCUGCUGGUCGUGGGAUUCCGACUGGUCCUCUUGUUCAAGCUCAGCCUGGUCUUGCUGGGCCUGUUCGUGGUGUUGGUGGACCGGCUCCUGGGAUGAUGCAGCCCCAGAUUUCACGGCCACCGGUUCCGCAACUGUCAGCUCCGCCUAUGACUUACCCUGCUGCUAGUGGAGCACCUCCUGUUAUCCGUCCACCUGGACAAAUGCCACCUGGUGGUUACCCUGGUCAACCACAGGCUCCUCAGAUGCAACGUGGUCCUCCUCCACAGGUACCACCACCUGCUUUUGGAGUAAGGCCACCUCAACAAUUCCCUGUCCCACCACCACAAUAUGGUCAGAGGCCAAUGGUUCCACCUCCGGGAUCAAUGAUGAGAGGACCUCCUGGUCCACCACCACCACGCCCUGGAAUGCCUGCUCCACCACCCCCACGCCCUGGAAUGCCGCCUCCCCCUGGUGCUGUUCCUGUUUUCGGACCACCACGUCCUGGGAUGCCACCUCCUCCAAACCCUCCAAACCAGCAGCAGUAGAGUGCUUUUGAUUUGGUUGAUAGGUGUUUAGGCCUUUUAUGACUACCGCAAGCAAUUGGAAGAGGAGAAUGAGAAGGAAGAAAAAGCUUGGUUUACUUUGCCAUUUACAAACUGUUCUUCAAUGAUGUUCCCUAAAUAAAAAAGAUAAAUGGUGUACCGUGCUUUAUUUUUGUAUUAUUAAGUACUCUUAUCAAUGUCGUUCGGAUUUAUAAGUACUUGUAUCUUGUUUUUCUAACAAAAUAUACUCACCCAAAUAUAUUUCAAUUGCAUGGUUAUAAA